UUAACUUACCAUUUAUCUGUGAUUUGGACAUUUCCUUAAAAUCUUCACUAAAAGACUUCCCCCACUUAAUAUAAGGAAUGUAUUGCUUAGCAUCUUCGCAAACAGAAACAAAGAGUAGUUUACAAUCUAUGCCUGCAAUAAGCCAUAUAUUUAAGAUCACAUAUAAGGUUCAAGCUAUUAAAGAUAAACAUAGCUAACUUAAAACAUUAGGAGAAACUUAUUUCAAUACCAUUAUAAUGAUCAUAGAAGCUAAUGUGAGAAAUUCCAGACUGCACACACCACCCAAUCAGUUUAGCAAAGUCUGUAUAAGAUGGAGAUUCUACUCCAAUAAUAAUGGUUAAAUGAUUUGGAACUUUUUCAUAAGUUGAAACCCUACUUCUUAUAUCAAGGUGAACAGUCUUGAAUAUAGUCCUCAAAAAUAUCUUCACACUAUUUAAACCAUGCAAAUGUGUCCCUAUCACAUAAUACCACGUAUAUAGCUGAUGAAGCGAAAUCAACAAUAAUUUUCCUAAAUAAUUGAAACAAACAUUAAAAAUCGCACUGGCCGCAACAGCACAUAAACCGGCACAGUUAAAACUCCUUUUAUGUUGAACAUUCAUAGUUAAAAAUCUCAGUUUAUAAAAAUACUCUUGACUUUAUAGGCUAAGAUCACAGACAUUUAUGAACUUUGAACGUUCCUAAUCACUGAUAACAAUGCAGUACUAUGAGACCUCAAUGCCAGCCACCUCGACUUGUUGGGUAGCAUUCUGUGCCAGUAAUCCGCUCAUCUGCUUCGCACACUAGACCUGUGGAGGCAUGAUUGGACAACUGAUGACUCCCAACGAUAUGCCAAUAGCCAAGUCUUCAUUGAGCCUCCAUUGCUUCGGUCAUUUGCUUGGUGGAAUUAAAAGUUUCAAAAUGAUUCUUGGAGAGGAGAAGAUUAGCCUUUUCGUUCGUGGGCAGUCCCAUCAUUUGGUAGAAUGUUCUCAAUCUGACACACUAGGAUCUGUAAAGGUCCGAGUUGCCGACAUAGAAGGUAUUCCUCAUGAAUUAAUUAGUUUAGCCUCAUCGGGAACUCCUCUGCAAGAUGAUAUGUUUGUAUCUGAUUUGGAGAACAGGAAUCUUGACCUCACAGUCCCCUUACUUGGAGGUAAAGUCCAUGGUUCUCUGGCUAGAGCUGGUAAAGUGAAGGGUCAAACCCCAAAGGUUGAAAAGAUGGAAAAGAAAAAGAAGAAGACUGGACGUGCUAAAAGGCGUAUUCAAUACAAUAGACGAUUUGUCAAUGUUGUACAGACUUACGGUAGAAGGAGGGGACCUAACUCUAGGUCUUAAAACAUUUUAAACCAUAAAAUAUAAUUGUUUUACACUAAAUAUGACAUUCUGAAGUUAU